UCCAAGAUACUGUAAAAGCCGCUGUACUUGGCUACCAUCCUCAAGAUAUACUCGGCUCGCUGGCCUUUGACGGAUAUACUUACUUACAUAGGCCUCCUUGAUACCACGGUAUCGGCCCCCUCGAAAUGGACACGCCUCCUUACAUCCACAACUGCGACGACUCCAAAGGUCCCUGGACCGUCAGCAAGAGAUGCUCACUCUGCAUCCCAGCCCGCCAUGACGCAGGCAAAAAGCCCGGCAAGUCUGCCGCCAUCACUCACCGCCUCCGCCGCGUCACGAACAAGCUCAGACGUCGCACGCCAUCCCCGUCACAUUCCGUCUGCUCCGAGUGCGGCGACGAGGGCCGCGCGACGGUGAUACUCGCCGAACCAAAUUGGAACCCCGCGCCAGAGGCUGAGUCAGAAUCAUCAUCAUCCGGUUCUGCUGCUGCUACCACCCGCCAACGACCAACUGACAACAUAGGUCCCAUGGACGAAACCCCAGCCGACUUCGUAUACAAGCCGUUGAUUCCGGGAGAUCACGAGUACCACCACGAGAGACCCGCCGGAGUGGACGAGUGGUUCUGGAGCAGCGGUUCCGGGGAAAGCUGCAACACUCGGUUUCCUCCACCCUCGCUCGCAAAGAGACUUAUUUACAGCUUCUGUUGCUUCUGUGUCGUCAACAUGGUUGCGCCGAAGCCCCCGGAGCUGGCGGAAUCGGAGCGCCGCAAGAAGGAAGAUGAGGGUUGGGAGAGACUCUAACGGACCAAACGCCGCUCUCGCCCCUGGAUCCGGAUGAGCGAUCGGAAGGCUAUGAGGGCCGCUGAAGAGGAGCAGCAACAGCGUGCAAAAGAUGAGGUCGGCGUAGCCAGUGGUCUCGAAACUAUCGUAGAGGAGACAGUGACUGGAGACGAAGACGGUUUGGUCCAAUCAGGAGUUUUUGACGCGGAGAGACGGG